GCCUAAUUAAAGAGCUAUUGAGGACUAAAGAAUGUAUCUUGAUGGAUCCUUAUUCAUUUUAAUAGCAUGUCUGCACCAAAAAUAUCACGGUGGCCUAGUCAACCCAACAUAAAUAAAAACCAAGUCAUAAUAUACAAAUAAAAAUAUUUGUUUUCUGGAGCAUGGUUUCUUCAUAUGUAAAAUGUAUUUGAGGUUUAAAUUCAAUGCGCACUACUGCAAUCGUGUUAACGUUCCCAAAAUGCCUUCAUGCCAGUGUAAUUCAUGUUUUGGAAGGGAAAGUGAAUAGUUUGUAACUUGUAUAAAUUUGUAUAGUUUCCCCCCGGCUGUGGACUGCUUCGGACGAGCACAUCAACGCAUUGUUCCGGAGAAUCCAAGUGAAAAGUCCAUUGUUGUUGCGAAGUUUUUAAUCUGGGGAUUUAAAGAACAUCACAUGCUCGGCUGGGGGAGUGGGUGCUCGCGCACAAUACGCAAACACUCUAAUUCCAUGAUCGGACUCUAAAUCACAGGUUUCUUACCUUUUCCUAUUCAAAACAUUUUUCUACACUUAAAACGACAUUUUAUGUUAGUUUGAAGCCUUUGGAAAAGAGGACCGCAAGAAGUAUCCGGAGGAUAAAGUGGAUUCCCACCGCGAUAACUUUUUCCAAGGAAGACAAGUGCGUCGACGUCAGUCCGUGAUUUAUUACCCAAAUAUGACGGUUUACAGCCAGCGGUCUUUGAUGGUCCUUGCUUUAUUGGGGAUCCUAUCAGGGAUUAUGUCUCUGCUAUCGGUCAAUCUGAUUUUCCAUUUACAAACACAACAGAUUGCUGUGAAGGAAUCUCCCCCCACCAUCUCCAUCGUGCCAACUAAUGUUUGGGCAGUGCUGAUGCCAGUGUCUACAGUGCUUUCUGCUCUGUCUCUCACGCUCAAUUUGAGCUCUGUCGUGGUCUGCCUUCUGCACAGCUACUUUACAACCGAGAUAUGCAGAGGAGAAGAUGAUACUGAAAGAGCAGACUGGUUCCUAUUGGAUAGCCGAGCUGUCCGACAUGUGGCCAUAGGACUAUUUUGCCUUGGGGUUUCAGUAUACUUAGCAGCUAUGUCCAUCUACAUGCUGCUGGUGUUUGAGGUAGAGACAGGCAUAGCGAGCGCAUGCGUACUGGCCUCGGGCAUCCUGAUUCUGCUGAUGAUCGUGAUUCACUCCCUGGUCAAAGCCACCCGUACCGCCCAACACUACCGCGGUGGAGAACACACUGACACCUUGUACCAGAACCAGCACGGUGGGAGCACCCCUGCCGCCCGGCAAGGCAAGCUCCAAGAUGGGGAAAAACCCAGGAGGCACCGCAACAACUCCCAACUCCACCGGCAUUUGUCCUACCCCCCUCCCUGCACCGACCCUAAGCAGCAUCACCAGCAUCAGUACUCCCCAUCCCACAGCCCUCAGAGCCACAGCAGUGACAAGGAGGGCUACAGUAGUGGUGGAAGUGGUUCUAGAAUGCACAGGACCCUGUCAACAGAGUCAGGGCUGCUGCAGUCUCCAUCUAAGCCCUGGAAUGGCAUUAACAAUGAGAUGCGGAGCGUGCUGGCCCGCAAGUCAGGAGCCUCCAGUAAAGACUCUACUCUGGUGUGACCUGACCUGCAAAGUCUUAGCAGUUAGUACAUUCCUAACCAACCAUCAAACAUUCUGAAGGAUACAGUAUGGAUAGAAAAUAUCUGAAGCUAUUUAAAAGCUCUGUGCUAUCCCUUCAUGAUCCAAGCACCACUAAUACUAUUACUGUACAUUUCAAUACAGACAUACAGUGAACCUGUCAUUUUAAUGCACCUUUCCUAUCAUCUCGUUCCCUUAUUGCCUUUGUAUGGACUUUUUACACAGAAACCAUCACUAUUAAACCCUCUCUAGAAUGUUUA